GCUGUGUGCGAAGCCGAGGAAUCCCACCGCCCGUGACUUCCCCUGCUCCGCCGAACGACUGCGUCGACUCAUCGCCGGAGUGCCCGCCGAUCCCGCGGCCUCCGCGAUGGCCCCAUCCGUUUCUGAGCGACCACGUUGCGGAGAUUCUCCUCCUUUCUUUACCUCAGCGCACUCCCUCGCCGCCAGCGUCCUCUCCCUCCUCCCCUUCUCCCCCUUCAACGCUACCCCGGCAGCGAAGGCAGCGACGGCCCCCGUUUCGUGUCGGACGAACGGAUCUCGCUCCAUGACCUUGCCCUUUCUCCUCCCGGCUUCCGGAUCUUCUUCUCACGGAACCAUGAACCAGGGGACAACGUCGCCGUCGGGCUCGGCUAUUAGGAGCUUUGCUUCCGGGGUGAGGAUUGAGGGGUUGGUGUCGAGCUCCAAGGGUGGAGGCGGGCCGGCUUUCGUGGGACAGGUCUUUAGCAUGCUUGAUCCCUCCGGCAAUGGCCUCAUGGCGGUCACCACUCGGUUCGACAUCCCUUUCCUCACAAACAGAGCUCCUGCGUGGAUCAAAAAAAUGCUAGAGUCGAUUACUGGCUCAGAUAAAAAAGGUCCCGUUUUCCGAUUUUUCAUGGAUUUAGGUGAUGCAGUUUCGUAUGUUAAACACCUCAAUGUUCCAACUGGUAUGGUGGGUGCUUGCCGCCUUGAUGUAGCAUAUGAGCAUUUCAAGGAAAAACCACAUAUGUUCCAGUUUGUUCCUAACCAGAAACAGGUAAAGGCAGCUAAUGAGCUGCUUAAGCAAAUUCCUAGAAAACAUGGCAGAAGAAAGGUUGAUGGCGUUCCUGUUUUUACAGCCCAUAAUUUAAAUAUUGCUAUAGCAACAAAUGAUGGACUAAAGUGGUACAUCCCAUAUUUUUUCGACAAAAAUUUACUAGAUAAUAUUCUUGAAGCUUCAAUUGAUCAACACUUCCAUACUAUGAUCCAAAAUCGCCACAAGAAACGACGCCGAGAUGCUGUUGAUGAUAAUUUGACAGCAGAUGCAAUUGAGGAAUACAGUGAUAGCUUAUUUGAGCCUCCAGAGGUUCAAGAAAUGAUGGAUGAAAUGGGGCAAUAUGGAAUACCACUAAGUGUCAUAUCAAAAGCUGCGGAGAUUCAACUUCUUGAUGUUGUUGAUAAAGUGCUUUUAGGAAACAGGUGGUUGAGGAAAGCCACUGGUAUUCAGCCAAAGUUCCCUUACUUGGUGGACUCAUUUGAAGAAAGGAGUGCCACUUCAUCUGCUAGGUCCUCUAAGCGGAUUGAAGGUUCUGAUAAGAAGCAACCUGACCGGCAGUUUGGUGCUCCAGAUCCUGUUUUACAUAAUGAUCCUGGUUUACAUAAUGACCUACAAGGAGGAACGCAUGAUCAAUCGUCAAAUCAAAGUAAUUUUAAAUUUCCAUUCCAUGGAUUGUUUCAAAAUCCCUGGACAAGACAACAUCAGGAACAGAAAAAUCUCGAUGAGCAUGUGAACUUGAAUCCAAGGUCGGAAAUGGAUGCUACGAGCAAACCACCACAGAAUCCCCUUCUUCCAAAGAUCACAAUGGUCGGCAUUUCCAUGUCUGAAGGGCACAUGGACAGAACGCACUUGAAGAAGACUAUGGAAGACCUAACAAAUGAGCUGGAGCAAGCGAGCAAUCAGUCCAAACCCGUGGAGGAGAUGGACCCCCUUUUCAUCGCUAAUGUGGGUGAUUACUCUAGCCUUACAAGGCUGAACUCAUCCUGAUCCACCAACAAAAGCAACCUUCUUCAAUCCUCGCAAUGCUUCAUCCUUUGUAUAUAAUUUCAUCGACGGGAUUCUUUCAUAUGGCACAGCCAUAUCGCAAGGCAAGAUUCUAAACUGAUCCUAUCCCAUUCUCUCAACUAUGGAUUUGGUUUAAGUCCUAUUUAUCUCUGAUACCCGGAUAACAUAUUUACCUGUCACUUAAGGUCUCACAUUGGCACCAACCAACUUACAUUACUUCGAAGUAUUCUGUACCGAUGGAUCUCCGGGCGGCCCAUCUCAAGAAUUAUGAUACUUUUGCCCAUUAGUGCCGUUCUUCCAGAAUCUGAGCCUUUGGAAGUAAUCUUUUUUUGUUACUUCACACCCAUAAAUUGUGUUGUAAUGUUUUUGUUUCCAAGGUGACUUAUUCUUCACAGUAGGGUUAUGCUCUUGCUUGUUAUUCAGCGUCUCAAAUGCCUGCGUUUGCUUAUUCUUUCAGGUGAAUAUUUUUAUAAAAAGUUUUUAUUAUAAUUUAUAGUAUGCUUGUAUAUUCUUUUAAU